CGUUUCAUUUUUUGUCAAAUUGAAAUCGCACAUUGCCAUACUAUAGCCAAUUUCACAAAACGAAGCGGCUGAUAAGCGCAAGCGUACGCGCUCUCGUAGGAUAAAAGUAGCGGCUAUCAGCUUCGCGGUGACAGUCGUUCGCGUACCGAUUGUUCCGUCAGAAUACUGUACUGCGUUCUUCCGCAUCGUUUGUUCACAGGAGAAUAGUAUGUAUAAAGAAGUCCACCAUCAGGAAAUCAAACACGAGUGCCCGCGUGCGGGAGGGCUCCACGCGUAUCCCGAUCACUUCAGGGAACCGCACCUUUAAAACCUUCAGCUGGAUUCAUGAGCACCUGAAGGUUCCCGUCCUCUGGUAGGACUCUGUAUAUAGUGUACAUAGGAUCGCUUGUUUAAUAAGGAAAGAGAUCCGGCUGGAAGGAAACGAGCGGGCUCGAGGGAUCUCUGCUACCACGUGGGAAAAAUUUUACCGGAAGUUUGUUCAAAUUUGUCCAAUCCUGCACCAAGUACCUGUACCCUUCAACAACGCGCGUCAACGAAGAGAAGAGUGAUCUUGGAGGAAGAAAAGAAGAGUGAAAAUCAUGAAGCAGGGUACGUCGGACGAUUCUUCACUUGGCGUGAAGCUACUUACCGCGGGCACCGCGGCCUGCAUCGCCGAUCUGGCCACUUUUCCGUUGGACACCGCCAAAGUCAGAAUGCAGAUCGCGGGGGAAGGCCAAGCCAUGUUGUUGGCAUCGGCGGAAGGCUCGGUCCUUGCAGUAAGAACGAACCAUCCAGGACUGUUCCAGACCAUCGCAAACAUCGUCAGAUAUGAAGGCGCAAGGAGCCUGUACGGAGGUCUAUCCGCGGGACUCCAGAGACAGAUGUGUUUCGCCAGCAUACGGUUGGGCCUCUACGACAGCGUGAAGUCACUCUACGCUGGAAUCUUCGACGGUAACUAUAAGAGCGGUACGUCUGUGAACGUUGGCGUACGCGUUGCCGCGGGGCUGACGACGGGCGCUUUGGCCGUGAUGAUCGCUCAGCCGACCGACGUCGUCAAGAUCCGCAUGCAGGCUGGAAAUAACGGGCGAUCAUCGGUGAGGUACACCUCUACUCUGCAGGCGUACAAGAGUAUCGCCAGUGGGGAAGGCGUGAGAGGUCUUUGGAGAGGAACUUUGCCGAACAUCGCGCGAAACGCCAUCGUGAACGUGGCGGAGGUAGUCUGUUACGAUAUUAUCAAGGAUCUCAUCCUGGCCAGCGGUUAUCUUCGCGACGGGAUACCGUGUCACUUGACCGCCGCGACGGCCGCAGGACUCUGCACCACUCUGGCAGCGAGUCCCGUGGACGUCAUAAAGACGCGUUACAUGAACAGCACCCCCGGCGAGUACAAGGGCGCGAUAGACUGCACCAUCAAGACUUUCGCCCAGGAAGGCCCUAGCGCGUUCUACAAGGGCUUUGUACCGAGUUUCGCGCGCCUGGUAUCUUGGAACAUCGUAUUGUGGGUGACCUACGAGCAGAUCAAGUUGCAGGUGAAGAAGCUACAUGGCAUCGAAUGAGAUCCUCGAUUACCGAGUCCGAUUAUUCUGCCGAAGAUCGGUAGAUAAUCCAUUGUAAUCUUCUGCGUUACCGUAUCGAAAUUCACCUCCGUAGAAGAUUAACGUUUGUUUAGAUAAACCGUGCGAAUUGAACGUAGGUAAAUUGGAAGCUUCAUAUUCCACAAGACGCAAUCUCAACCGUCGAUGAUAAAUGUCCUCGUAUUACUGCUUCUUUUUUCAUCGCUUUCUUAAAUGCAAGUGUGCGCAUAUCAGUCUUUAUCAUCCAAUUAUUUAACGACAGGUUCGUUGAUUAACAAAAUUCUUUGCACCGUUGGAAAUAGUAAUUAAUAUGAUAUGAUACGAGUAGGGCUACAAUCUCAUUCGGUUCGCUCUAGUUUCCAUUUAAAUAUGCACAUACGCAUUCACACUGAUAGACGCAGGGAAGAUUUCUUGAUAAUUUAUACAAAAUAAAAAUUUGGAUUGCAUCAGUUUUAUAAGAAGUCGUUAGGCUAUUUCUCGGCAGGGUGGAUUAUACGAUGAUUACAGAUCAUUAACGCGUCAAAUAGACAAUAAUUAUGUUACGAAAGUUCAUUCCGAUGUCUUUGCUUAAAUCUAGAUAGAGUCUCAUAAAAAAAACUGUGAUCAGAAACUAACAAAUUCUACUUUUAGCGUCGCUCUAAUUAACUCAUUCGUGAACACAACGCGCAAUUUUUAACAUGUACAACAUAAUCUCGAUUCAGUCAAUUGACAUUUUACAGGGUGCAAUUUAUAUCGUAAUUCAAUCAACGAAUUUUUUAAAUCACAUUAUCGUUACGAAUAAUUUAGUCUGCAAGGAGCAGCGUUGAAAAUCCUCCAUUUUAAAAGUUUACGUGUUGUAGACAUAUUUGUUAUUUAUAAUGAAAUACAAUUGCCAACUUUUAUAG